AGAUCAUCGAUCGCGAUUGUCGGAUCCGACGCUCCGCUCAGUCUGCGUCUAUCUGACGCCGGGCGGAGGGCUGGACCUGAUCGGUCUCUGGGCUUUGCUUGCAGUGCAAGGUUACGACUCAAUAUAACUAGUUUUUAACACCCUAUCAGUUUGUACUGACUUACACACGCAUAUGGAAGCGGAUGCAAUUUAUGACUUCACCGCCAACGCAGAUGAUGAGCUUGGAUUUAAGAAAGGUUCACUUCUAAAAGUUUUAUGUGUAGAAGAUGACCCCAAUUGGUAUUUGACCGAGCAAGAAGGUCGCACUGGAUUAGUUCCCUGUAAUUAUAUCGCCAUGCGCCCCCACGAUUGGUACGUUCGACACUGCAGCCGUUUGGAGGCAGAAGAACGCUUGUUGGAGGUUGACCCCACCACCAACAAGCAUCUACAACCCGAUGGAGCCUUCCUUUUGCGUCAAAGUGAAGCUGGUGGAAAAGGCUUCAGCUUAUCUGUCAAACAGGGCUCCGAAGUGCUGCAUUUUAAAGUCCUCCAAGACGACAACGGGAAAUACUUUUUCUGGUUAUCAAAGUUCGACUCUAUCAAUCAGUUGAUUGAGCAUCACCGAACCACGAGCAUAUCUCGCAAUCGACCACUCCUACUCGUGGAUCGAGUUCCCUCCAAGCUAUACCCCUCCUCUGGACGUGAAAAUGAGAUUGAACGGUGCAUAGCGAAAUUCGACUUCCCUGCCGAAGACCCUGAAGAACUCUCGUUCCACCGCGGAGAUGUUAUCGAGAUAAUCGGUCGCGAGAAUGAGAACUGGUGGCGAGGCCGCAUGCCCGGUGGAAAGUCCGGUCUCUUCCCAUCCAAUUAUGUUGAGCUGUUACCGUCGCUUGGUUGAUCCCCCCAUCGGUUUGUUCAUCCCACCCACCUAGGACAGUGUUUUAAUACACUGUGUGACCAUGUGUUCAAGUCUGUGCCUCGAUCUGGUCGAAACUCUUCCAAUCACACCACUGCCACACUGCUUUCACGAUUCUCUCCAACUCAGUCACUCCCCCCCCGCCCACUGGUUGAGUUCACUCGGGUGCUUACUGCAUACUUUUCUCUGACCAUUGUCAGACAUCAUGAUUCUAAUAUUAUCUUGUUGGUGAGGGUAGAAUGAUUUGCCUCACGUUCAUCUUAUACCCAUGAGUAGUUGUUGUUCCAUCCUUAAUCCGACGCACGCACAUACACACAUGUUCUCUCUAGUGCGUGUACGCAAUAUGUUGUACUCAAUUGUGCCUUGUUCUCCACCGUUUUCUGCCAAUAAUUCACCAUGUUCUCUUCC